AGAGGAGUUUUGAACAUGGCGGACAAAGACAAGAAAAAGAAGGAGAGUAUUUUUGAUUUGUCGAAAUACAUCGACAAACAUAUACGUGUAAAGUUUCAAGGAGGUCGCGAAGCAAGUGGCGUCUUAAAAGGCUUCGACCCGUUGUUGAAUCUUGUGUUGGACGGCACCAUUGAAUACAUGCGAGAUCCUGAUGACCAGUAUAAACUGACCGAAGACACCAGGCAGCUGGGUCUGGUUGUUUGUCGAGGGACGUCUGUUGUGCUCAUCUGUCCACAGGAUGGGAUGGAAGCUAUCCCGAACCCUUUCAUCCAGCAGCAGGAUGGAUAAUAUUCUCCCUGUGAUCCUGUGCAAAUGCCUGGUGAAGAAUACAGAAGGUUUUUGUUAGCUCGGAAAUCAUGAAAAGUGUAACAUUUUGUAUUUACACACAGGAUAAAUGUUUGUUUAGGUUUUUUAGAUAGGAUUUUGCUUUGUGUUGAAAUGUGUGUUUAAUAAGGUUUUGAUUUAUGAGGCAUGUUUUCUGUUCAUGAAAAAGGUGUAUAAUGAUGCCCUGGUUCUUUCUAUGUUGUUUUAUUGCUGACGUUAAUAAACACCUGAAAUUUACACAUUAAGCAAAAACUAAGAUUAUACCUGUACCUCAAAGGGUGGACCCCACAGGUUUUUCUUUUAAGAAAGCUUUUGUACACAAAUGGACAUCGUCAUUCAGCCAGCUUUCUGAGAACAUUGUGUAAUCUAGUAUUUUGAAGGGCUUUGGUUACUGGACGCCUUGAGAAAACAUUCUUGUUUAUUUACAUGGUGUCUUCUACUGUGUUUUACACUAAAAAAAAAAUAAAUCCCUAGAUUAAAGACUGUUAUGGACCCUU